CAACCAUGAGAGCUGACAGUGGACUUACGGUAUUAGCUGUUAUUCUCAUCUCUGCAACAUCAUACGGUUCAGGAGACCAUGAAAUGGAUUAUGGCAGUGAGGAAAGAGGCACUGGGUGUGAGAUUGUUGAAUUAACUACCAUUAACUACCAAGAUCCACCCUUGGCAGACACCACAACAACUUUGUCAGAUGUGACAAAAUCUCCUACAGCCAGUGUCCGGAAAACAACACCUCAAACCGAAAGACCCAAACGUCCUUUGGUGUAUCGCGGUGAGUCUUUGGUCGUCUACAUGCCAAAAAGAGGCAAGGAGUCACAACAAAAUUCGAAUAGCAAAGUUCUCACUGAGACUCUUAGACGUGACCUUAAUUCUUUGAAAAUUGCUCUUGAGCAGGGAAAAAUAAGAGCUAGGGUGAUCCAUUCUAGGCCUUUACAACCCGUGAAAUCUGUGUCAAAACCAAAUCAAUCCAAUGACAAUACCGCUCAAGAGCAAACAUCAAUGAGGGUUAUGAAGGCUAACCCUGCCUCUGGCAUCCCUAUGCCCAGAAAUGGUGAACUCAAUCUUGCCAAUUGGUUGCAGUCAUUGCAAAAUUGGUAUGCUGGCCAGGCCGGAAAUCAAGGACCAUCUCCAAACAGACCUCCUCAAAGUGGAUCAAACCAAAACAACUUCCCUCAGGGUGGCUCUCCUCAAAGUGGACCAAACCAAAACAACUUCCCUCAGGGUGGAUAUCCUCAAAGUGGAUCAAACCAAAACAACUUCCCUCAGGGUGGCUCUCCUCAAAGUGGACCAAACCAAAACAACUUCCCUCAGGGUGGAUCUCCUCAAAGUGGAUCAAACCAAAACAACUUCCCUCAGGGUGGAUCUCCUCAAAGUGGAUCAAACCAAAACAAUUUCCCUCAGGGUGGCUCUCCUCAAAGUGGACCAAACCAAAACAACUUCCCUCAGGGUGGAUCUCCUCAAAGUGGAUCAAACCAAAACAACUUCCCUCAGGGUGGAUCUCCUCAAAGUGGACCAAACCAAUACAACUUCCCUCAGCGCAGAAUUCCUCUGUCUCUCAAAAGUCUAUCAACCCAUGAUGAAAGUAGUUCAGGGACAGUGAAGACAAAGAAAAUAAUUCCUUGGCCAAUGAAAGGCUUCAGAUCUAAACCUCCAAUCAAGGGGAGGCCAUAUUCACGCAUGUAUGGCUAAGGAAAAACUUAUCUAGACCUGGAAAUUGCUUUGAUUGUUAGAUUGUAUAUGUUUUAGAGACAAAGACGGUGUGUUCACAUGUGUUUAAUUUCUGGAGAUUUUAUUUUCCUUUUUGUUGAAUGCUACUUUGAGUCACUGCUCAAGUAAAUAAUUGUGUUUUUGUUUUUCUUUUUUUUUAAGACAACUACACAUAUGAAACUACAUAUUUCAUUUGCAUCCCUUUUAUAAAUAGCCUACUAUGCCUGCAAUUUCUUUCUGGUUUGACACUGUUAUUGAAGCUUCAUUUUAAUAAACAAAUUCUCCAUCUUGCUGCUA